GGACGGCCUCCGCCAAUGGUAGAGCUCCCAGCUUAGAUCCUGCGGGUUAGGUUGUGAGGCCCGGGCCGGGGGGCGGGGAGGAGCCAAGGGGGUGAACGAGCUGGGCCGCCGGGUGGGUCGGGGCGUUCCGCGCGCCCUUCAUUGAAGCGGCGGUGGCCGGGCUGGGCGCCGGGAGUGGGAAGCGACGGCGCGGCUGGAAAAUGCCAGUCCAUUCCCGAGGGGAUAAGAAGGAGACCAACCAUCACGAUGAGAUGGAGGUGGACUACGCCGAAAACGAGGGGAGCAGCUCUGAGGACGAGGACACAGAGAGCUCCUCGGUCUCGGAGGAUGGAGAUAGCUCAGAAAUGGAUGAUGAAGAUUGUGAAAGAAGAAGAAUGGAAUGUUUAGAUGAAAUGUCCAAUCUUGAAAAACAGUUUACCGAUCUCAAAGAUCAACUUUAUAAAGAACGAUUAAGUCAAGUGGAUGCAAAACUACAAGAAGUGAUAGCUGGAAAAGCACCAGAAUAUUUGGAACCACUGGCAACUUUGCAGGAAAAUAUGCAAAUUCGUACAAAGGUAGCAGGAAUCUAUAGAGAGCUCUGCUUAGAAUCUGUAAAGAACAAGUAUGAAUGUGAAAUUCAAGCUUCUCGCCAACAUUGUGAGAGUGAAAAGCUUUUAUUGUACGAUACAGUACAGAGUGAACUAGAGGAGAAGAUACGAAGGCUGGAAGAGGAUAGGCACAGCAUUGAUAUUACGUCAGAGCUGUGGAAUGAUGAGCUUCAGUCAAGAAAAAAGAGGAAGGAUCCGUUCAGUCCUGAUAAAAAGAAGCCUGUUGUUGUUUCAGGUCCAUAUAUAGUUUAUAUGCUACAGGAUCUUGAUAUUCUUGAAGACUGGACAACAAUAAGGAAGGCAAUGGCUACCCUGGGUCCACACAGAGUGAAAACAGAACUUUUUGAACUGAUCCCUUUAGCACCCGUGAAACUGGAAAAACAUCUGCACAGUGCUAGAUCUGAAGAGGGAAGACUAUAUUAUGAUGGUGAAUGGUAUAUACGUGGACAAACAAUAUGUAUUGAUAAAAAAGAUGAAUGUCCUACAAGUGCCGUAAUUACAACAAUUAACCAUGAUGAAGUUUGGUUUAAGAGGCCUGAUGGAAGCAAAUCUAAGCUUUACAUUUCACAGCUACAGAAAGGAAAAUAUUCAAUUAAACAUUCGUAAUCAUGAUUUAAGUGUUAUCUAAAUCUACCUUAUUAGUGUUACCAAGUGUGAUGUGUCAUGGGAGUAAAAAUGUAUUCAAUAACUUAAUAUUCUCAAUGAAUUGUGAGAGAAUGUGUAUUUGUAGGUAGUACUCUAAGUAGAUCUCAUAUUGAUAUAUUAUUAAAAGAAACAGUAAUAAAAGUUUAAUCAUGAUUGUUACGUUUAUUUGCCUCCAGGUCUGAUGACCAAUACGUAUGCUGUAUAUGGUAGGGAUUUCUUUUUGAACACUUUUCUUCAGUUUUCAAAGAAGUAAUGCAAUUUUUUCUUAUCUUUAGUGAACUAUGACUACAUUUACAUGUAUCUGCAAUUUAAAAAAUUUUCCAUGUCUUUGUUAUUCAUCAUGUGUUUGUAAAUAUGAUGAAAUGUUUUCCUAUAAAUUGUUUGUACUAGUACAUUAGUGUUAAAUCAGAACUGAAAUUUAAACAUAUAUAUGUGAGUAUGUAUAUAUGAUAUGGCAUUAUCAGCUUAUUUAGAACUGAUGGCCUUAUCUUACAAUCUUGUUUUACUCAAAAUUAAACUAUUGGGCUUGAAAGCUAAAAAGGAGCACUUUUGUAGAAUAGCAGCUUCCUUCUCCUCUUCCUUGAUUGUAUGGUGGUGACCUAUUUUUACAAAUUAUACUUAAUUAGUAAAAUAAGUGUUAAGUGAUAACCUGCUUCUACCUGUAUUUCUUGUGACCCUUUAAAGGGCAGGGAUUUAUACCUGGUAUUUAUGAUGCAGUAUAUAAACAGUGAACAGUAACUGACAGUAUUGUGGUGUUUGCUGUACACGUCUAAUCUUUUGAAAAAGAUUUUUAGAGUAAGCGUUUUCCAGAGGUAAAACUAGAUCCUUAUUCUAAUUUUAUUCCUAGGGCAAAGUAUUACUAGACAGGGAUCAUUCCCUUAAAUCUAUUCCCAAAUUAAUAUUAUUAUCUUUGGUAUUUCUGUAUUUUAAGGCCAUUUGGUGCAAUUUAGAAAAAUGUUGGCCUCUCUUAGCCACAUUCAAAAUUAAUUUCCCAAACCUCAGGAACAUUACAAAGAAUGGAAACCCUUAAUAUGGCAGCAUAAUUGGCUGUAGUCUAUAUUUAGGGUACAACCAAAUCAAGGAUUCCUGGUGGUCUUGUGCACUUUAAUUUCUGUUACAGUAAGACUUAAGAGGAUGAGGAAGAACUCUACUUAUUAACACUUAGGGCAGGAUUAUCUGCAUGAUUCCGUUUGUUUUCUUACUAUUUUACCUCUGCAAACAUCCUGUGCAGAUCACUACUUCACAGUUGCCAAAUUUUAAAAUAUUUGACUUUUGAAAUUCAAUAUCAGUGAAGUUAUGUUACUUUGUUUCUAAUUAACCUUAGCAAAUGUACAUAAUGUCAUAACUCAAUAGUAUUUGACAGUACUUAUGUAUACAAUGUUUGAUAAGCAUUUUUAAUAAGAUUUGUAUUUUUAAAUUUAGUAUAUAAUAAAAAAAUGUGUUUGAGUGU